CAGCAUCUUCCUCGAAAAUUCCGCCACCAUCUGCGUCAAACUCUGUCUGGAGAUCCAAUUUAUCACGUGUUUCUGUAUGUGGACAAACGAAGUCGCGAUAGCUCUCGGUUCCUGACACCUCCCCGGUCGUUUUGCGCAUCCAGUCGAACCCCGAUCGCAUGAAGAAGCCACAGGUUUCGGAAGAAGUCGUAGAUGAUUGGGAGGACGACGAGGAUUUGGAAGAUGUCGUGUGCUCUCCAGAGCAGGAGGGAGAAGAGGACCAGAGAAGGGCUGACAAACGCUCGCCUCAGGGCGCGCAGGGAUCGGGAGAAGACUCUAAUCGUUGGCUAUGGGACGAUGCAAACAACCGCGCUCCGCCCG